AUGGAGAAGGUUUCCAAGGGCCUUUCUCAGGCUAAGGAAGAUGCUGCCGCGGCCUAUCGUACUGAUGCCAACAUCAACAGGGCCAAGCGUUGGGCUGGGCCUAUUGCUCGCCGCAUCCCGUCUGCAGCGGCCGAGUACCUCAUCGAAAAGGUGCCAAUUGUCCAAUGGCUACCCAGGUACAACCCCAAGUGGCUGCUGAACGACUUCAUCGCCGGCAUUACCGUUGGUGUCAUGUUUGUGCCCCAGGGCAUCUCCUACGCCAAGAUUGCCACUAUCCCGGUGGUACACGGUCUGUACUCUGCCUGGAUCCCGUCCUUGCUCUAUCUCUUCAUGGGAACUUCAAAAGAGGUCUCCAGUGGCCCGACAUCGGUUCUUGGACUUCUUACCGCCGAGGCGGUUGCCUCUCUGCCAGAUGAGGACCCGGCCACUGUUGCUUCGGCCGUGGCGUUCAUGGUUGGCCUCUACGCCCUGAUUGUGGGGGCUCUCAAGCUCGGUUUCCUCCUCGACUUUGUUAGCGGACCUGUCUUGACCGGCUGGAUUUCGGCCGUUGCUCUGGUCAUCUUGCUUGGUCAGGUCGGCUCGCUCGUCGGCCUCACAGUCGGCAGCACCACUGUCGAAAUCAUCCGCGGCGUCCUUGGCCAUCUUGACAAGAUCCAGGGAAUGACGGCUUGCAUUGGCUUGACCGGCAUUGCGAUGCUCCUCGUCUUUGAGCACGUCGGAAAGACUCUUGGCAAGAAGAACAAGUGGAUCAAGUUUGUCUGCACCAGCCGAGCGGCAGUCGUCCUCGUCAUCUACACCUUGAUCUCCUGGGGCGUGAACCACAACCGCGGAGAGGACAAUUACAUGUGGGCUGUGACUGAGAUCAACUCCAGCGGUCUGCAAAAGGCCAAGUCUCAUGAUACCUCUCUCCUUGCCAAGGUGGCUGGUCGAGCUGUCGCUCCCUUUAUUGCCAUGUCCAUCGAGCACCUGGGCGUUGGAAAGGCCUUUGGUCUGCGGAACGGAUACGACAUUGACCGCUCUCAGGAGCUAUUGUUCCUCGGAACCGCCAACAUGGUUGCUAGCAUUCAGGGCUCGAUGGCAUCUGGAGGUGCCAUGAGCCGCACGGCCGUGUCCAGCGAGGCCGGCUCAAAAUCCCCGUUGAACUUCAUCUUCACUGCUGGCUUCGUCCUCUUGACUCUCUACGAGCUUGCCCCGGCCUUGUACUGGAUCCCCAAGGCAACUCUUUCCGCCAUCAUUAUCAUGGCCGUCGCUCAUCUCGUCUCCCCGCCCAAGCUCUUUUACCGAUACUGGAGGAUCAGCUUCAUCGACUUCAUUGCUUCCAUGCUCGGCUUCUGGGUGACGCUCUUCACCUCAACCGAGAUUGGGCUGGCCGUGUCCGUGGCCUUUAGCCUCGUGUAUACCCUUCUCAGACUUGCUUUCCCUCGCUUGGUCAAGGUCUCUCAUUCACAGGCGGAGACCAACCACUGGACGCUCUCAAAGAGCCGCCCCAACGAUGCGGAGAUUGAUGUUCCCCCCGAGGCGUAUUACGUCAGGUUCACGAAUGAUCUGCUGUUUCCCAACGCCGAGCGUCUCAAGAACGCGAUUGUUGAUGACAUCAAGGUUCGCUACACGCCAAACGCGGCGAUGCUACGAGCUGCCGAGGACAACCGCACGUGGAACGACUCCACGAAGCGCCGAGUUGCCAACAUUCGCAAGAGACUGCAUAUUCAGCCCAUCUCCACAGACAUCUCUCCCUUGCGCUAUAUUGUGCUCGAUUUCGGCAUGAUUUCAUUCAUCGACACGACCGGCGUCUUGCUCCUCAUCGAGCUGAAGAUGGCGCUGCGCAAGUACCUGGGCAAGGAGCUGCAGUUCCGCUUUGUCAACAUGGCUCCGGAGGUACUUGAGAGGUUUACGCGCUCAGAGUGGGAGUUUGCCCGCGAGGGCGAAGAAAGGACUGGUGAUGCCGAUGUCAUCUACUCCUCCUUGGAGGUUGCUCUUCUCCACCGCGAUGGCGAUGAGAAGGACGAAAAGGUUGAGUUUGUCGAGAAGACGUUGGAUGUGUAA